GGUCCUGCUGCAGCGGAUCAUUCAGCACCGGAGCUGUCCACCUCCUCUAACACCCAACUUAUCCCUCCUUUUUUCCUUUUUUACAUGUUCUAUUUUUUUAUAUUCUAUUGCUGUGUCUUUAUCGGAAAUAAAAGCCUUUCCUGCGGUCUCAGCCAGACUUGGGGCCCCGGUGGAAAAGCGUCAUGGCCCGGGAGAACGGAGACACCGGCGGCAGCGGAGAGACGUGGAAGAAACAGGUCGAUGACAUCAAGAAGAUCUUUGAUUUCAAAGAAGUCCUGGGAACAGGGGCGUUUUCAGAGGUGGUCCUGGCCCAAGAGAAGCUGAGCGGCCGCAUGUUCGCCGUCAAAUGCAUCCCCAAGAAGGCUCUGAAGGGGAAGGAGAGCAGCAUCGAGAACGAGAUAGCUGUGCUGAGGAGGAUCAAGCAUGAAAACAUUGUGGCUCUGGAGGACAUCUAUGAGAGUCCGGACCACCUCUACCUGAUCAUGCAGCUGGUGUCUGGUGGAGAGCUGUUUGACCGAAUCGUGGAAAAAGGAUUUUACACAGAGAAGGAUGCUAGCACGCUGAUCCGACAGGUCCUGGAUGCUGUGAAUUACCUGCACAAGUUGGGGAUCGUGCACCGAGACUUGAAGCCUGAGAAUUUGCUGUAUUUUAAUCCACAAGACGAAUCCAAGAUCAUGAUCAGUGACUUCGGUCUGUCCAAGAUGGAGGGCAGUGGGGACGUCAUGUCCACAGCCUGUGGGACGCCAGGAUAUGUUGCUCCAGAGGUUCUGGCACAGAAGCCGUACAGCAAGGCAGUGGACUGCUGGUCCAUUGGGGUGAUCGCCUACAUUCUACUGUGUGGUUAUCCUCCAUUUUAUGACGAAAACGAUUCCAAGCUGUUUGAGCAGAUCCUUAAGGCUGACUAUGAGUUUGAUGCACCGUACUGGGACGACAUAUCAGACUCAGCCAAGGACUUCAUCAGCUGUCUGAUGGAGAAAGAUCCGGCCCGUAGGUUUACCUGUGACCAGGCUCUCAGACAUCCCUGGAUCGCUGGGGACACAGCGCUGUGCAAGAACAUCCACGAGUCAGUCAGCCGGCAGAUCAAAAAGAACUUUGCCAAGAGCAAAUGGAGGCAAGCGUUUAACGCCACUGCCGUAGUGCGGCAUAUGAGGCGACUGCAGCUUGGCAGCAGCAGCAUGGGCAGCAGCAUGGAUGCGUCCAACCCCAGGCAGACGCAGAGACCGGCCCAAAGCCAGAGCCAGUCGGGCCAGAACUCGACCGCUCAGAGCCAAAACAGCGACCAGGCGGCGCAAAGCCAGGGCCCUGCUAAGAACCCCCCCACAGAUAACAACGUAGCCGCUCCGCGCAAAGAAUGUCUCCCUGCACCCGUCACCCCCUGCAGCCUGGCAUCUGCAGCCUCUUCCCCCGCUGCAGGGACGGAGCUGAACCGCCCCCACCCCUCAGCGGUGCCCGCCCCGAUGAUGACAGAGACCAAGUGACGCCAGGUCCCGCGGGGCACCAGCUGGGAGGCCACAGCGCUGUGAGGCCGAGAGAGAGAGUCCAAAAAGGGGAGAUCCUACUCUCCGGAGUUCUUUCCUUCUCUUAGACGUGCCGCCCACCUAGUUCCCCGCCCUGCUCGAAGGAGAGCAGAGGACAUCACUACCACCCUCCCCCUGAAACCCUUUACGAUUCAAGCCACCGUUGCCAUACUUUGCCCCCAUCAGGACGGCUUGCAGGAUUCUUCUUGUAGCAACGAAGCAUCCAGUGACUCACUGAGGAGGUUUGCAUGGUCCACUGCUCUGUGCUUUACGCUGCAACUGGGGUCAUGAUGGUGUCAAUAUUAUUCAGUGUCGGUCAACUUCCCUAUGGAAUCUGGGCUAUUCUUUUUAAUUUAAUUACCUUUUUUUUUUUACUGUUGACUGUUUGCAACCGGAUUUUUUCAUUCUUUAUUCUUCCUGUUAAUUUUAACGGUGGCAUUUGUACCUUUUAGUAGACAGAGCAUUGUCAAAAGGAUAUUUAUUGCCACUUUGAUAUAAUUACUGUAAAUAAGCCAUAACUGAGUUAAAUGACAAGGAGUCAUUUACUUCAUUUUAAGUUAAGAUGUUGUUCUGUAGGUGUUUUUCCAAAAUAAUGCCUCAUUUCCCGUAAUUCCAUCGUCUCAAUCCACCAUCUCUAUGUUUCAGAGGCAAGAGGUGCAAACUUGCUGCAAGUACAUAAAUGUGCUACAAACGCAAAAAAAAAAAGAGUGUAUCGUGCAAACAGGUGAAAAUACACGAUAAAGGAAAACGCCGUAAAAGAAGAAUAUGCCGCACUCUGUGAAAAAUUUAACGAUGCGAAGAGGAAACAGGUUCCAAAUACAGGAACAAUGCUAAAACACAUGGGAAGGAAAAUGGCUGCAAAAUAAAAAAAUUUAAAAAACAGCUGGUUAGUAAAAGCAGAAAACUUGCCCCACAUAGCAGAAGUGCUCUAGACCACUAGAGGGAGCCAUGUUUUUUUUAACAGCAAAUUGGUAAGAACGUUUUAGCAAAAGCUAAAAUGCGACAGCAGUACGGCAGGAAGAGGAGCAAGUAAAUUUCUUUCUGCCGCUAAGGAGCUCUAUAUAUAUUCAUUACUCCUUCUCACCUACUUGGUGUGAUGUAUGCUAAUACAUGUCUUAACUUUUCAUUGUUUAGCGCAGCAGUUCCUUUUACCAAAGAGUUCUUACUGAUGACUCCAUGAAAGAUAAAAUAACAGCUAGGAACGCCGAUAUGCUGUAUUUAAGCUGAGGCUGCAAUCGUUAAAAGACCAAAUCUAUCAAAGCCUCCUGGUUAUAUCUUUAUGUACGGCUCCAUAUGAGUUGAUGGUCAGCACCCCCUAGUGGUCUGGAGGACUUCAGUGAUGCAAGGCUAGUUCUCUGUGUUUCUUCACUUGCAGUUGUUCUUGCAGUGAUUUUUUCCUAUGAAUGCGAUUUGUGUGUUUGCGUCAUUUUGGUGCAGCAGUACAUUUUGUGUUUGCGGCGCGUCUGUAUGUUGACAUACAUAUUUGAUUUUAAUGCAGCAUGUGUCUUAAGCAGCGAUUUUCCAGUUACGUGUGUUUUGUUUAUUUGUGUCAACGUCAUUUGUGUGUUUGAAGCACGUUUGCACCUUUUGGCUACCAUACCAUAUUGUGUGUUUUGAGCAUAAUGCAAAAUAUAGCCUGACUGUCUUCUUUGCAAUCAUCUCUCUUGGUUUACAGAAUUUUUUAACAAUAUUAGACAUUUGUUAUACAUUUGGUGAAAAUCAACACUCAUUGUUGGCAUUGUUAAAAAAACAAACAAAAAAACAUUUGUAUGUGUCCUUACAGGCUUGUUUUUAAUGUUCUUGCUUGCAGAAGUGCUUUAAAAGGUACCAUGUGACUGUUGAGAUGUGGAGACCUGAGUUAUGCGCUUUAUCUUUUUUUGCACAGGGAAGGUCAGUGAUGUCUCUGACAAAUGAGUUGUCGUGUACAUGGAUUUAUCAGGAAGAAAAAAAGAGAUUGUAAACCUGUAAAAAAACAAAUGGAUGUCUUGUAGAGGUUGUUAAUUGUGUGAAGUUGUCUGAUUUGUUUAAAGAUUUCUUGUAACAAUCACCCUUUAAGGGAAAACACACAGGAUACUUUAACCCAUGCAGUAAAUGGAAAGAAAGUUCUAUAGAUCUGUGUUUACUAGAAAACUGCCUCCACUUUAGAAUGUUUGUAUAAAUGGAGUUCUCCUCUGAUCCAAUAGCUACUUUUACCCUUUGAUGUUUUUCAUGUUUUGUCACAUUAAAACUACAAUUCCUACAAGUACAAACUACAAUUCCCUAAGGCAACACUAAGUAGAACAACUUUUUUUUACCACAUAGGGUUUUUGAAGCAAGCAAAAAGCGAGAUAGUGCUCAUAUAUACUCAUGGUUAUGAUAUACUGUAUUUUCCUGACUAUAGAGCGCACCUCACUAUAAGUCGCGUCCACUAAAUUUUUUAGAAAACUGGAAAUGUACACAUAUAAGCCGCUGAUAUCUACUGAACCAUCUCCCACCUAACCUGUAGGGGGAGCUCUACAUAUAGUCCCUGGGGUAGGGAUGAAGAAGA